UUUUAGGAAAUACCAAAAUAAAGCAGAUGUUGUGUCCUGUACUGUUAUCUCAAGGUUUUGCAAGUCAUUCUAUUACGUGCUUCUUGGUUUUUUUAAACUAAUUCUUUCAGCACUGAACUAGAACCUUGACAAGGUUGCAAUUACAGAUCCAAUAUUGCAUAAACAUGGGUGCAUUUUUGGAUAAACCAAAAACUGAGAAACACAAUGCUCACGGUGCAGGGAACGGCUUGCGUUACGGCCUCAGCAGCAUGCAGGGCUGGCGAGUGGAGAUGGAAGAUGCUCACACGGCUGUUGUGGGUAUCCCCCAUGGCUUAGAGGACUGGUCCUUUUUUGCUGUCUACGAUGGUCACGCGGGAUCUCGUGUUGCAAAUUAUUGCUCCACGCACUUAUUAGAACACAUCACUAACAAUGAAGACUUCAGGGCGACAGAAAAACCUGGAUCUGCUCUUGAACCAUCAGUGGAAAAUGUCAAGAGUGGAAUCAGAACUGGCUUUUUGAAAAUUGACGAGUAUAUGCGCAAUUUCUCAGACCUCAGAAACGGGAUGGACAGAAGUGGCUCAACAGCAGUGGGAGUCAUGAUUUCACCUGACCAUGUAUACUUUAUCAAUUGUGGUGAUUCACGUGCUGUUCUCUAUAGGAAUGGACAAGUCUGCUUUUCAACACAGGAUCACAAACCUUGCAACCCAAGGGAGAAGGAGAGAAUCCAGAACGCAGGAGGCAGUGUAAUGAUUCAGCGUGUUAAUGGUUCGUUGGCGGUUUCUCGAGCUCUGGGGGACUAUGACUACAAAUGUGUUGACGGUAAAGGCCCUACAGAACAACUUGUUUCUCCAGAGCCUGAGGUUUGUGAAAUUUUAAGGGCAGAAGAAGACGAGUUUAUCAUCUUGGCUUGUGAUGGCAUCUGGGAUGUAAUGAGCAAUGAAGAGCUCUGUGAAUUUGUGAAGUCUAGACUUGAAGUAUCAGAUGACCUGGAAAAAGUGUGCAAUUGGGUAGUGGACACUUGUUUACAUAAGGGGAGUCGUGAUAACAUGAGUAUUGUACUAGUUUGUUUUUCAAAUGCUCCUAAGGUCUCAGAUGAGGCAGUGAAAAAAGAUGCUGAGUUGGACAAGUACUUGGAAUCACGGGUUGAAGAAAUUAUGGAGAAAUCGGGUGAAGAAGGAAUGCCUGAUCUUGCUCAUGUCAUUCGCAUUUUAACUGCGGAGAAUAUCCCAAAUUUACCACCAGGAGGUGGUUUAGCUGGCAAGCGUAAUAUUAUUGAAGCUGUGUAUAGUAGGCUGAAUCCACACAGAGAGAACGAGGGGGGUGCUGGAGAUCUAGAAGAUCCGUGGUAGCCUUACAAAUCUACUAAAAUGCUUUUGAUUCUGAAAGGGGGAAAAAAACUUUUAAAUCUGUUUUCUUCAAUACAAGGGAAAAAUUCUGGUGGAUUUCCAACAUUUUGUGAAAUGGGCAGAAAGAUAUUAGAAUUUUCCAUCAUUUGUUCAUUUUUGUGUUUUCUGAUAUUGCCACUCUUAGCAUUGCCUGUACUACAGUAUUUUUACCAGCCUCAGGCACACUGAUUACAUCUGUAAUGAACUUUGUCCCUAUAAAGGAAGGAAGGAGUGAUUCUCUCAGCAGAUUGGUGUAUGUACCUGAGGUGCAUGGGAUUGUAGGUGUACUCUGAAGAUACACUAGGACUGAACGAGCUGUGCAACACACACACACAUGAGAGAGUACCAGGAAUGGUUUGAGACAUGACUGACUCCACUUACCGAGUUGGAAGGCUUUGCAGCUCUGUGGCUUGGAAGCAAUUUCAAUUGGGCGGUACGCCCGAUCUGAUAAGAUGUGUUUUGGGUUUUUUUAAUUUUCCAGUUUUACCUGUAUUACCAGACCGUUAGGUUUCCCUGCGGUGUCCAAAUUGUGAUACGUUGCCUACUGCUUGCUUGAAGAUUAAGUGUAUUUGGCAUAAUAUAUGAAGAUUCUAGGCCUCUAAAAACAGUAAGAAUUUUACGCAUGUGUACAACACACCCUUAAAAACUCUUGCUAGAGAAGAUCUUUUAAAACCAAACUGAUAAAUUUAUAGUUAGUAGUGACUUGCUUUGACAUCUCUCACAGCUGCAGGUUUUUUUAAAAAUGCUGAAAAUUUGCCUUUAUUAUAAUGUAAAUUGUUAUUUUUUUGUUCUAUAUGUGGUUUUCUAUAGUUUUUUGAUUUUUUUUUUUUCAGCUUAAGAUACAGACAGAAGUCUUGUGUAAUAUGGGUAUAAUUUUUAAUUGUUUGCAUUAUUUUCAAAGUUCAAAUUAUCACUUUGAGAUUACUAUAAAUACACUUAAAAUUAUCUAUUUUAAAUUAAGAAAAUAUUAGAGAUAUUUUCAUGGGUUCAAUGACCUUUCAUUUUAUAAGCAAUGGGCAUGGUACAGAGUGGCUGUCAUGUAAGGUACUUGAAGAUUCUUAGUUUAAUUCUAUUUUUGCAAUAACCUUGACUUUUUUUCUGACUUCUUUGAGUUGUGCAUGUAAUGAGUCCAGUAAAUGCUGAAAACGGGGAAGAGUAAAGUAUUUAUCUAAAAUAAAAGCUAUCGGGGAGGGGAAACAAUGAAUGUAUCCAUCUGUACAUGAUUUACAUGCUGUGGAUGCCUUGUAAACAUUUUCCUAUUUGUUUAAACUGUGUUUCAGCGAGGAUGUAGUUGCCCUUGUGUGUAGUUUUAAGCUAAUGACAGUCAUCAACUGGUUUUGUGUGAAAUGGAAUUCAUGGUAUUUUUCUGUAACUUUAUCCCCAUGGUGAGUCUGUAAAAUCCACACGCUCUCUCAUACUGGUGCCCAAGCCAGCUUUCCCAAUCGUUUUGAUUCACUGUGUAUCUAAUUUUUUUUUUUUUUUUU